CUCUCCUCUCCUCUCCUCUUCACAACCUCUCCAGUAAAACAGUUGGAUCAUUCAUUAUCUACAGCCUCUCACUCACGGGGUGUCUGUUUAUGCCUCUUAUUACUGAAAUCUGUUUCUGAAUGUGAGUGUCUCACUCACCGAGGCGACCCACAUCUGACAGUGUCAACUCCAGCUGUAGUGCCUCUGGCUUGUGUGUGCACUGUGGAAAGUGCAUCUGAGAGUGUGUGUUGCAUUGUGAGAGAACAAGAGAGGGGACUAGUCUCGCAGGGAAGAUCUCCAGGGCAAUAUAUCAGGAUUGUUCGGCUGAAAGACGGAAAAAAAGAGCAGAAUGGACUCCUGGGGGAUGUGAAAGAGACACCGGAAGAGCUGCCAUACAUAUAAACAGCCAGGAUGUCAGGGAUGGACGUCCCAUUAUUGGUUGACCAUAACGAGACGGGACUCUCUCCAGUGGACAACGGGACCUUCCUCCGCUUCUCUCCAACCUCCGUUUCCACGUCAGCGGCCGCCUCCUCACCAGGACGGACAGGGAAUGUUUACGUUUACGUGUGGAUCUUCCUGGGCCUGCUGGUGUUCCUGCUGACGCUGCUCAUCAUCUCCCUCCACAGGCUGAAGAACAUCAUCACGUCCUCCUCCUCUGUCCCUGACUGCAGCAGCGAGGGGGGGAGCUCCUUCACCAACAUGGAGAUCUGCAGCAUCUCCUCUCAGAGGUCCACCAUCUCCUCGCUGUCCAGCUGAGGGAGCACACACACACAAAAACACAGACAUGAGGGAAUGAGCAUUCCCAUCUGUGUAUGCGCUUUCAUGCAGACACAGACAGGCAAGCAUGCAUACACACAACACACAGGCUACCAGAGGUCAAGCAUCACCUGUCUGCCUCUCUGUCACUGUCUCUCUCUCUCACACACACACAUGCACACACAUCCUGAGCCUGAGGGGAGCUGACAGCGUGACAUGUCCAUCCAUGCAUGCAUUUUCUUCUCAUCCCUGUGGUCCACUGAAUUUGCUGUGUGAGAGGAAUUUGAUAAACUCAUUAACUACUUCCCAACUAAGACUCAUGGGAAAUAUUGUUCACGAUGUUCUGAGGAGGACUUGAGGGGUGAGAGUGUAAACUACUUUGAGUCUUAUCCCAAUGGACUGAGACUUACGAACCUGAAACCCUGCCUCAUCCAGGAACAAACAUGAUGAGGCAAUAUAUUCUUUCUUCUCUUUUUAUAAAAUGAAUGACUUGUACUGCGUAUUUCAGUUUAGAGCCAAAACAUUGUUUUCAUGUGACGCUUUGUACAGUAUAUCCUCCCUAACAUCUGUAGAAUGAAUUGCAAAAUCAGCAUUCAAAGUGAUUGAUAUUAAAGGCCAAUACUUUGUACAGAAGUGCAUGCUUAUGCCUCACUUGUUUUGGAAGCUGUCGCUACAUAAAAUAAUAACAAUAAUAAAUAUAAUGCAUAACAAACUGAAAGGGUAACACUCUAGGUUUUAUUUAUAAGACUGACAUACUGUGACACAAUUGCUGAACAUGAACAUAAAUGAAUAUUUUUGACUCUUGUCAUUAAG